ACCAAAAAAAAAGAAAAUCGAUUUCUACGAUUUACUAUACAUUUACGUUGUCGUUUGUUUUCGUAUAUAGUUUUGGAAAAUGGAAGAAAUCGUAGUACAGGAUUUGGAGUUGAAAUCACUGAUCGGCUUCGACGGUAACCCGUUGAACGGUCUGAUAUUGCACCCGGACGGCGUUCACUUGAUUUAUCCUCUCGGCACCAACGUGACGGCGUACAACUGGUCGACCAAGGCUCAGCGGUUCUUCGUGGGGCUGACCAACAUCAUAUCGGCGGUGACGGUGUCCAACACCGGCAAAUACGUGGCCGCCGGCCAGGUGAACUACAUGGGUUUCCGGUCGCCGAUAAUCAUAUGGGAUUUCCAGACGGGCGAGCCGGUGACCAAGUACGAUUCGCACAUGGUGCGCGUCGAGUCGGUGUCGUUCUCAUGCUGCGAACAGUAUCUGAUGUCGCUGGGCGGCAUCGACGACGGCACCAUCGUCGUGUACGAGAUCGACAAGAGACAGGUGCUGUGCGGCUCGUCGUCGGUGAAGUCGACCGCCGGCAUAUCGACCGUGCUGAGGGCGGUGAACGGGCGCAACCGGUGCUUCGUGGUGGCCGGCGACAACAUGCUCCGGCUGUGGACGCUGAACAGGGAGCAGCGGAACCUGCAGGGGCUGGACACGUCGUUCGCCAAGAUCAAGCGGAAGAUCCUGUGCACGGCCAUCGACCGCCGGGACGAGUACGCGUACUGCGGCACCAGCACCGGCGACGUGCUCAAGGUCGCCCUGAACUUUCCGGCGGACGCGGCCGCGCAGAUACCGGCCGGGUCGCCGACGCUGGUCGGCUGCUUCGCCAAGUACCCGACGGCCGCCGGCAACAAGAAGCGGCCGCCGGCCGGCGUCACCGUGGAGCUGUACAGCAAGGGCGUGACGUCUCUGUUGCUGUACGGCGACGACGGCACCAUGAUCGUGGGCUCGGGCAACGGCGUCGUGGAACUGGUCCGGCAGAAGGCGCAGCAGCAGCAGCCCAAGCACAAAACGGCCGAGACGCGGCUGGCCGCGCCCACGCGACCGCUGCUGGUGGCCGUCCGGUCGGCGGACGUCGAGUCGACCGUGACCAGCGUACAGCUGAUGGGCGACCACACAGCGCUGGUGGGCACCAUCCGUUGCGAGCUGUUCACCGUCAGCGUGGACACGUUCGCCGUCACCCGGAUGUUCACGUGCCACACAUCCGCCGUCUACGAUCUGGCGUUUCCGCGCGGCUACAGCAAGGUGUUCGCCACCGCCAGCAAGGACGACGUGCGCGUCUGGUCGGUGGACACGCUCCAGGAACUGCUCCGGGUCACCGUCCGGAACUGCACGUGUUCCGGCGUGCUGUUCUCGCACGACGGCACGCAGAUCAUCAGCUCGUGGAACGACGGCCGCAUCCGGUCGUUCACGCCCGAGACCGGCCGGCCGCUGUACACCAUACACAACUGCCACAACAACGGCGUGUCGGCCAUCGCCAUGUGCGUGGACGGCGUCAAGCUGGUCAGCGGCGGCGGCGACGGGCAGGUGCGCGUGUGGCAGCUCAACGGCACCGACGGCAUACUGUUGGCCGUGCUCAAGGAGCACAAGGGCGCCGUCACGUCCAUAGACUUGCACCGGCUGGGACACGAGGCCAUCACGUCCAGCGCUGACGGCACGUGCAUCGUCUGGGACAUCGUCCGGUACACGCGGCUCUCCAUCAUGUUCUCGUCCACGGUGUUCACGAGCGCCAUGUACCACCCGAACGCCACUCAGUUGCUGACCAGCGGCACCAACCGGUACAUCGGGUUCUGGGAGGCGCUCGACGGGUCGUUGAUCCGCGAGAUCGAGGGAUCCGCCGUGGCCGCGGUCAAUUCGUUGGACAUGACGCCCUCAGGCAAGUACUUCGUGACCGGUAGUUCGGAUCAGACGGUUAAGGUUUGGCUGUACAACGAGGGGGUGCCCACACACGUGGGUGUUGGCCACGCGGGAGUCGUGACCAACGUGAGGGUGAGUCCGGACGGCCGGUAUUUGGUGAGCACGAGUGUGGAUGGUGGCAUAUUCCUGUGGCGUUUCCCGCACGACUCGGACACCAAGCCAUCCAGCAGCCGGUGCUCGACGGUCAGUGGCGUGAGCGCGGGUGAACAGCAGACGGUUCGGUCGCGGCAGCUGUCACUGAAGAAGUCGAUGCCGGUCCGAAAAGAAAACAUUUCCGACAUAUCGUCGGCGCAGAAGGUGAUGUCGGUGUUGCCGGACGGUGAGGCCGCUGCCGGCGGUGACGUGGGUGUCCGCAAUAGUACCAGCAGUAGGAACAUUUGCAAAUCGUCGUCAUCCGCCCGAUGAUGGGCUCCGCUGCAAGUCUUGUCGGCAUCGCGAGGGAUAGUGUUGUUUUUGCUUUCGCGUCCGUCAUGUAAUAUUUGCUCUGUGUUUACUUUCCCUCUCUCACCUUCAUGACCGGUAAACGAAUUUUCCGGUUCACUCUUUGCGAAAUAUUACCUAUGACUGCCACGACCGCAGCUUAGCUAUAAAUGUCUUAGUAAUUGAAUUUUUUUUUCGUACAGUUCUAUCAGAAUUUAUAAUAUUAUAUUGUAAUAUUACAAUAUUUUAUAAACAACAAAUGGAAUUAAAAUGUUUUAUUUUGGUA